AUGUAUGUUAAUAUACCGAUAUCCAUUACAGUUAUUCGUAACAGCCACCCUCUUUCCAGCACCGCCUUGUGGAUUAAUAACAAUUGGUGCCGUCGCGAGGAUCAGUAUGAAGUUUCCAUGGCCUGCAGCUCUCAAGUGUGGAAUUUCCCGGAGGAGUUCGAGGACUUCGCGGAACUGAGGCGAUACGAUCUGACUGCGCGCUAUCUCAUGCAUCGAAUCGCAUAUACGUCGCUUCAUGGACCUUAUGAAUCGCACGGCGUUCAAGACGAACGAGGUCAUUUUUGGGAUAGUCAAAAGCCCUCAAUGACCGAAUUGAUUGUAUCACAUGCAUUCAUCGUACCUGGUAGCCUUGCUCAUACCCAUCCUGAUGAAAGUAUAGCUCUUACAAGGCUCUCGAUUGAGGUGCACUUGGGUCAGAAUUUGAGCAAGAGUCGCUCAUGUCAUUCGUACUUCUAUUCCGAACACAACAACUGGCGACGGGGAAUUUACGGAUUCACAAUGUCGAGCACGCCGGAGGAGUUACAAGACAUUCUCAAACAGCAACAGGCACAAUUCGAGGCCGCGCACCUAAGGAUGAUGGAAACCAUGUUACAACGUCUCAGCACACAUCCCAAUUCAGCAAAACCGGUUAAACAGUCCACAUCUAUUGACGCUGUUGCCUGA